AUGUCUCUCUCGACGUUUCUACGAACAGCUCCUCUCGGGCUCCUAACGUUGUCAGCGUCUUUUGUCGACUGGGCGCACGCGCAGUCGGCGGUUGCGGGCGAUCUGACGCUAGCUGCGCCGUAUGGCAUCCCUCCGGGCCUCUUCAACACCUCCAUCAUGCGCACGGUUCGCCAGUCGGCCGUGUGGGUGCCCGGAUACAAUCUGUCGGCACCCGAGGGCUUUGGUCCGAGUGGUAACGGAUCGGCCGUGGAUGGCUGGCAGCUGGGCGUGGCCGUCGCGGACAAUGUGCCUCUGAGAGACGCCGAAGAUCCGGGCGUCGACAGGGCACAGGUGAUCGACGCGACGACGCUGUGGCUCCAGGCGCCAGCCGGUGUCGAGUACCUCAACGCGACGGCAUGGAAACUGUGCGCCACAGUCUUCCCGUACGUCAACAUGUCUGCCGUCGUCGAGGGUGGCGACGGAGACGGCCAGAACAACGGGAAUUGCGGCGCCUGGUUGACGGACGAAUGUGCCGCGGCAGUGAACGAGGCCGCAUUGGCGCACGGCAUGAACGCGGCGGGCGACUGCUUCAACAUGACCAUUCCCGAGCGUUGUGCACCGUACUUUAUGCGCAACGGUGGCAAUGGAACCGUCGUCGUCCUCGACGAAAAGACCCUGGCCGACGGCCGAUUCUACGCCUGGGGCAGCCCGCCGACGUCGACUGGCGACACGGACGCGUUGGAAUCGGCUCUGGGCCACGUCUGGCCUGUUCUCCUGACGUGGAUCCAAUUCUCGCCUGGCGGUGGCGUUUUCUCGGCCAACACGCACGUUUCUUGCCUGGCAGCAUCCUCCAACGGAACAGGCACUGCAAAAGAGCGAGAGAGCCAGAGCGAGCGGCGGCUGCGAGACGAGCCGGACGAGUCUACUAGACAAAAAACAGCAAAAGGAAGCGAGCCACGACGCACGACGCUCGACUUCUGA